UGACACUCAGGAAAUGCUUGUCUUUGCUGUUGAUGCAUAAUUUCAGAGUACUAUGGAUCAUGCUGAAGAAAAUGAACUCCUUGCAGCAACCCAGCGGUACUAUGUGGAAAGACCUAUCUUUAGUCAUCCUGUCCUCCAGGAAAGACUCCACAAGAAGGACAAGAUUUCAGAUUCCAUCGGGGAUAAGCUGAAACAGGCAUUCACAUGUACUCCAAAGAAAAUACGAAAUAUCAUUUACAUGUUCCUUCCCAUAACCAAGUGGUUGCCUGCGUACAAAUUCAAGGAAUAUGUGUUGGGUGACUUGGUAUCCGGCAUAAGCACAGGGGUGCUGCAGCUUCCUCAAGGUUUGGCCUUUGCAAUGUUGGCAGCUGUGCCUCCAGUGUUUGGCCUGUACUCUUCGUUUUACCCUGUUAUCAUGUAUUGUUUUUUUGGAACCUCCAGACACAUAUCCAUAGGUCCGUUUGCUGUUAUCAGCCUGAUGAUAGGCGGCGUGGCUGUUCGGUUAGUUCCAGAUGAUAUAGUCAUCCCGGGAGGAGUGAACGCAACCAAUGGUACAGAGGCAAGAGAUGCCUUGAGAGUGAAAGUCGCCAUGUCUGUGACCUUACUUUCAGGAAUCAUUCAGUUUUGCCUAGGUGUCUGUCGGUUUGGGUUUGUGGCCAUCUAUCUCACGGAGCCCCUGGUCCGUGGGUUUACCACCGCGGCAGCUGUGCACGUCUUCACCUCCAUGUUAAAAUACCUGUUUGGCGUUAAAACAAAGCGGUACAGUGGGAUCUUUUCGGUGGUGUAUAGUACAGUGGCUGUGCUGCAGAAUGUUAAAAACCUCAACGUGUGUUCCCUAGGCGUUGGGCUGAUGGUUUUUGGUUUGCUGUUGGGUGGCAAGGAGUUUAAUGAGAGAUUUAAAGAGAAAUUGCCAGCACCCAUCCCUUUAGAGUUCUUCGCGGUGGUUAUGGGAACUGGCAUUUCAGCUGGAUUUAACUUGAAAGAAUCAUACAAUGUGGAUGUCGUUGGGACCCUUCCUUUAGGGCUGCUCCCUCCAGCCAAUCCAGACACCAGCCUCUUUCACCUUGUGUAUGUGGAUGCCAUCGCCAUAGCCAUCGUUGGAUUUUCAGUGACCAUCUCCAUGGCCAAGACCUUGGCAAAUAAGCAUGGCUACCAGGUUGAUGGCAAUCAGGAGCUCAUUGCCCUGGGACUGUGCAAUUCCAUCGGCUCACUCUUCCAGACUUUUUCAAUUUCAUGCUCCUUGUCUCGAAGCCUUGUUCAGGAGGGAACUGGAGGGAAGACCCAGCUCGCAGGGUGUUUGGCCUCGUUAAUGAUUCUGCUGGUCAUAUUAGCCACUGGAUUCCUCUUUGAAUCGUUACCCCAGGCUGUGCUCUCGGCCAUUGUGAUCGUCAACCUGAAAGGGAUGUUUAUGCAGUUCUCAGAUCUCCCCUUUUUCUGGAGAACCAGCAAAAUAGAGCUGACCAUAUGGCUUACCACUUUUGUUUCCUCCUUGUUCCUGGGGUUGGACUAUGGUUUGAUUACUGCCGUGAUCAUCGCGCUGCUGACUGUGAUUUACAGAACACAGAGUCCGAGCUACAAAGUCCUUGGACAGCUUCCUGAGACUGAUGUGUACAUUGACAUAGACGCGUAUGAGGAGGUGAAAGAAAUUCCUGGGAUAAAAAUAUUCCAAAUAAAUGCUCCAAUUUAUUAUGCAAAUAGUGACUUGUACAGCAAUGCCUUAAAAAGAAAGACGGGGGUGAAUCCAGCCCUCAUAAUGGGAGCGAGAAGAAAGGCCAUGAAGAAAUAUGCUAAGGAAAUGGGGAAUGCCAACAUGGCCAACGCAGCCGUUGUCAAAGUGGAUGCAGAAGUAGAUGGAGAAGACGGCACCAAGCCUGAGGAAGGGGAGGAUGAAAUAAAAUAUCCCCCAAUAGUCAUCAAGAGCAAAUUUCCUGAGGAACUGCAAAGAUUUAUGCCCCCAGGCGAUAACAUCCACACCAUCAUUCUGGAUUUUACGCAAGUCAAUUUUAUUGAUUCUGUUGGUGUGAAAACCCUGGCCGUGAUGGUAAAAGAAUAUGGAGAUGUCGGUAUUUAUGUGUAUUUAGCAGGAUGCAGUGCACAAGUUGUGGAUGACCUCACUCGAAAUCGAUUUUUUGAAAAUCCUGCCUUACGGGAGCUGCUCUUCCACAGCAUCCACGACGCAGUCCUAGGCAGCCAAGUUCGAGAGGCAAUGGCUGAAAGGGAUGCCUCGGCCCCUCCUCUCCAGGAGGACUCGGAGCCCAACGCCACUCCAGAGGCCUAGAUGAGGCAUCAGCCCAGGAAGGGGUAUGAGCCUCUUGCGAAGUUACUCACCUACAUACUUUAAAUACUAGACACUAGAGGGUUUUUUUCCUAAGGGUAAAUACUAGUAGUCAGGGCUUCAUUUGGAGGGUGAAUGACGCAUAGCAAGAUGUAUCUUAACUUGUAUUUUUCUUAAUGGACUGUUUCAAAGAU